GACUCUGCUUUCUCGCUUCUGGUCGUCCUCUUUGGCUGCUUUCUAAAUAUCUUCCAUUAACAGCUGGAACCCAAUUUUCCCUCGUUAAUGGCGGCGCGGCUUCUUCUUCUCGCCGGUUUUUUCUUAUGCUCUGUUUACUUCACCGAGGCCUAUGAUUUCUACGUGGGGGGAAGAAAUGGCUGGGUGCGGAAACCAGCUGAAAAGUACAAUAGUUGGGCUGAGAGGAUGAGAUUUCAAGUAAAAGAUAAGCUUAUUUUUAAUUAUAAGAAAGGAGAAGAUUCUGUUCUUAUUGUGGACAAGGAAGACUACGAUUCCUGCAACACAAAGAAUCCGAUCAAGAGGUUUGAAGAUGGAAAAACUGUGUUUGUUUUUGACAGAUCGGGUCCUUUCUUCUUUAUCAGCGGUGCAGAUGGCCACUGCGCGCAAGGGCAGAAGUUGAUUGUUGUAGUCAUGGCGGUGAGGCAUAAGCCCGUCCAGCCACCACCAUCUUCUCCGAUAACACCAGCUCCAUCUCCUGCUCCAGGUGCAAAGCCGCCAUCUUCAUCUACUCCAUCGAAGGCUCCUUCUCCUGCUCCGGCGAUUGAGCCUCCGAGCUCUUCUCUUUCACCAGCUCCUGCUGUAAAACCUCCAACAUCAUCACCUUCCCCUGCUCCAGCUGCUGAAACUCCAACCUCUUCUCUUUCUCCAGCUCCGGAGAUUGCAACUCCAUCCUCUUCCCCUUCUCAAGCCCCGGAGAUCGCAACUCCGACCUCUUCUCCUUCUGCUUCUCCUUCUUCCUUUUCUUCUCCUACCACAUCCCCUGUUCCAUCGCAAGCAAAAUCUCCGUCGCCUACUUCAGCUUCUCCUGUAGCCCCUGCUGAUGGUCCGGGUGCAUCAGGGUUUCAACCUCCUCCUUCUUCUCCUGCACCAGGAGGCAGUGGUGGCGACAGCGGCGGUGUUCCGGCGGCACUAACUCCAUCUUCCAAUUCGACAUCAACUCCAACUCCAUCCUCAGCUCAAAUUCUCUCUGUCUCAAGACUAUCUGUUGGGAUUUUUACUUUGUUCUUAGGCUCGAUUGUUCUGCUGUAAUCUUUUUUUUUCUUUUUUUUUUUUAAAUUUUGAUGAAUUGGUGGUCAUAUGUU